CCAUGCCUGGACCCUUCUUCUUCUGUUUGGAUUUAGCUCGGCUCUCCUCGCUUUCCCUUUUGUUAUUCCCCUGUCUACCCCUCUGGCCCCUCCAAUUCCCCCUCCCUGAUAUUUUCUCUUUGCUUUUCGCCGUGCAAAUAAUGACUUUGGAAUAAUAGCCCAUCCUCAUUCAGGCAAGUGCAUUUGGAACCCCGCAUUAAUUGAAGAGAGAUGAGCAGUGAUGGUGCCAGAGAUGCUUGGACUCAGCCCGUGCCCAGCCCCUGCACCCCCCGAGCAGAUCCCGACCGUGGCCACCGGUGGAAGCCUUGAGCCGGUCGCCUCCGCCGCCACCCACCGCUAUGCCCUGGCCCUGCCCACGGAGGGGAUGUGGCGCCACCACGGACCGGGCCUGAUGACCCCUACCCUGGCCUGCUCCGUGCUGGGGCUCGAGCUCCCUGAGGAUACCAGGGCCCCGCCGGCCUCCCCUCGUACGGUCUGCUUUGAUGUGGCCUCGAUCCUUCUCCCACAGGAGGGUGAGGGCCCAGGCUGGGAGGGCAGUGGUCCCAUGGAGAGCGGAUCGGGCCCCUUCAUCCCUGUGAGCCCCGAGGUCAUGAAGCGCCGGCGGGGCGGUCUCAUUGAGCAGCGGGACAUCAUCAAGGCGCAUGAGGCCCACAAGAUGCAGAGUACUCCCCAGGCCCGGCGGAAGGAGUGGGAGAUGGCCCGUUUUGGGGAAGCUGUGGUUGGCAGGCCGGGAUCCGGAGAAGGAGACCCCGAACAGAACCGGAACCGGCAGGGGACCCCGGUGGCCUCCGCGGGGACCCAGGCGGGCUUCAAGCAAUCCAAGGCCCAGAGGGCGCGGACCAUGGCACUGUACAACCCCAUCCCGGUCAGGCAGAACUGUUUCACCGUCAACAGAUCCCUCUUUAUCUUCGGCGAGGAUAACAUUGUCAGAAAAUACGCCAAGAAACUCAUCGACUGGCCGCCAUUUGAGUACAUGAUCUUGGCCACAAUUAUUGCGAACUGCAUUGUCCUGGCUCUGGAACAGCAUCUCCCAGAGGAUGACAAGACUCCCAUGUCGCGGAGGCUGGAGAAGACGGAGCCUUAUUUCAUUGGGAUCUUUUGCUUUGAAGCUGGAAUCAAAAUUGUGGCCCUUGGAUUCAUCUUCCACAAGGGCUCUUAUCUCCGCAACGGCUGGAAUGUCAUGGACUUUAUCGUGGUUCUCAGCGGAAUUCUGGCCACAGCCGGAACCCAUUUCAACACCCACGUAGACCUGAGGACCUUGCGGGCUGUCCGUGUGCUGAGACCUCUGAAGCUCGUGUCGGGCAUUCCCAGUUUGCAGAUCGUGUUGAAAUCCAUCAUGAAGGCAAUGGUGCCCCUCCUCCAGAUUGGUCUCUUGCUCUUCUUCGCCAUCCUGAUGUUUGCCAUCAUCGGCCUGGAGUUCUACAGUGGGAAGCUACACAGGGCUUGCUUUAUGAACAAUUCAGGCAUACUUGAAGGAUUUGACCCGCCUCAUCCAUGUGGGGUGCAGGGCUGCCCUGCGGGCUAUGACUGCCGGGACUGGAUUGGUCCCAAUGACGGGAUCACCCAGUUUGACAACAUUCUCUUUGCCGUGCUGACCGUCUUCCAGUGUAUCACCAUGGAAGGAUGGACUACCGUGCUGUACAACACCAACGAUGCCUUGGGAGCCACCUGGAACUGGCUGUAUUUCAUCCCUCUCAUCAUCAUCGGCUCCUUCUUCGUCCUCAACCUCGUCCUGGGUGUGCUUUCUGGGGAGUUUGCCAAAGAGAGAGAAAGAGUGGAGAACCGUCGCGCCUUCAUGAAGCUGCGGAGGCAGCAGCAGAUUGAACGGGAGCUGAACGGCUAUCGAGCCUGGAUCGACAAAGCCGAGGAAGUGAUGCUAGCCGAAGAAAAUAAAAACGCAGGGACAUCGGCUUUAGAAGUCCUUAGAAGGGCUACCAUCAAGAGGAGCCGGACAGAAGCCAUGACUCGGGACUCAAGCGAUGAACACUGUGUCGAUAUCUCCUCUGUGGGCACCCCUCUGGCUCGUGCUAGCAUCAAGAGUGCCAAAGUGGAUGGGGCCUCCUAUUUCCGGCACAAGGAGCGGCUGCUGCGCAUUUCCAUUCGCCACAUGGUCAAGUCCCAGGUGUUCUACUGGAUCGUUCUGAGCGUUGUGGCUCUCAACACAGCCUGUGUAGCCAUUGUCCACCACAAUCAGCCCCCCUGGCUCACCCACCUCCUCUACUAUGCAGAGUUCUUGUUUUUGGGGCUCUUCCUCUUGGAAAUGUCCCUGAAGAUGUAUGGCAUGGGGCCACGCCUCUAUUUUCAUUCUUCAUUCAACUGCUUUGAUUUUGGGGUCACAGUGGGAAGCAUCUUUGAAGUGGUUUGGGCGAUUUUCAGACCAGGUACCUCUUUUGGAAUCAGCGUCUUGCGGGCUCUCCGACUCCUGAGAAUAUUUAAAGUGACAAAGUACUGGGCAUCCCUGCGCAAUUUGGUGGUGUCCCUGAUGAGUUCCAUGAAGUCCAUCAUCAGCCUGCUCUUCCUCCUCUUCCUCUUCAUCGUCGUUUUUGCCCUGUUGGGAAUGCAGCUCUUUGGAGGCAGGUUCAACUUUAGUGAUGGGACACCUUCAGCCAACUUUGACACUUUCCCCGCAGCCAUCAUGACGGUAUUCCAGAUCCUGACAGGGGAGGACUGGAACGAGGUGAUGUACAACGGGAUACGCUCUCAGGGCGGGGUCAGCUCAGGCAUGUGGUCAGCCAUCUACUUCAUCGUGCUCACCUUGUUUGGAAACUACACCCUGCUGAAUGUCUUCUUGGCCAUUGCCGUGGACAACCUGGCCAAUGCACAGGAGUUGACGAAGGAUGAGCAGGAGGAAGAGGAGGCCUUCAACCAGAAGCACGCCCUGCAGAAGGCCAAGGAGGUCAGCCCGAUGUCCGCUCCCAACAUGCCUGCUAUCGAAAGAGACAGGAGGAGGAGACACCACAUGUCGAUGUGGGAGCCGCGCAGCAGCCACCUGAGGGAGCGCAGAAGGCGGCACCACAUGUCGGUGUGGGAGCAGCGGACCAGCCAGCUGCGGCGUCACAUGCAGAUGUCCAGCCAGGAGGCCAUCAACAAGGAGGAGCCCCCUCCCAUGAACCCCCUCAACCCGCUCAACCCUCUCAGCCCCCUCAACCCCCUCAAUGCACACCCCAGCCUCUACCGGAGGCCCAAAGCUAGUGAGGGCUCUGGGCUGGAGAAGUGUGAGGAGGAGGAGCAGGGAGGUCAGGGGGAGCCACCCCAGGCCGAAGAGGCCCCGGAAGACCCCAAGAGCCCCACGUCACGGGCCAGCGGGGACCUGUGGCCGCCCAGGCCUUGCCACGGGAACUGCGAGUCGGAGGCCGGUGGCGGUGGUGGGACCGGAGCAGGGAGUGAAGAGCGAGCCCGGCACAGGCAGAGUCAGCGCCGCAGCCGGCAUCGCCGAGGGAGGACCGAGGGCAAGGAACCCCCCAGCACGACUGAGGGCAGGCCCGCCAGCCAAGACAGGGGACUGCACGAGGGCACCCCACUCCGUGAGGAGGGGGAUGGGGGUGUGAAGGACAGCCAGGCAGAGGAGGAGCAAGAGGAGGUGGUGGCUUCAGCUCAGGAGGAAGAGAGGAGCAAGGAGCUGAGGAGAAGCACCAGUCUGACGGCCUCCGAAGGUCCUGUUUUGGCUGGGACAAUGGAGAGCGGCAGUGUUCCCCUGGCCCUAGAGCUGGGGGCAGAGGCGGGGGUGACCGGGCCGGAGGGCGGCAACCUGGUCCCCAGUGAGCAGGCGCUGCUGGGAGACCUGCAGCUGGAGAUGGGCCGGGCCAUCAGCCGCAGCGAGCCCGACCUCUCCGCUGUCAUCGCCAAUACUGAGGAGGCCCCCAAGAGCACCACUGUCACCGUCGCCAUCCCUGACAUGGAUGCCUUGGUGGACUCCACAGUGGUGCAUAUUAGCAACAAGACAGAUGGAGAAGCCAGCCCCUUGAAGGAGGCAGAGAUGAAAGAGGAUGGCGAGGAGAUGGAGAAGAAGAAGCGGAAGAAGGAGAAGGGCUCAGAAACGGGCAAAGCCAUGGUGCCUCACAGCUCCAUGUUUAUCUUCAGCACGACCAACCCAGUGCGGAGGGCCUGUCACUACAUUGUCAACCUGCGCUACUUUGAGAUGUGCAUCCUCCUGGUGAUCGCCGCCAGCAGCAUCGCCCUGGCCGCCGAGGAUCCCGUGCUCACCAACUCUGAGAGGAACAAGGUCCUGAGGUACUUCGACUAUGUUUUCACGGGCGUGUUCACCUUUGAGAUGAUCAUAAAGAUGAUAGACCAGGGCCUGAUCCUGCAGGAUGGCUCCUACUUCCGAGAUCUGUGGAACAUCCUGGACUUUGUCGUGGUAGUUGGAGCGUUGGUGGCCUUCGCCUUGGCGAACGCUCUGGGGACCAACAAAGGUCGGGACAUCAAGACCAUUAAGUCCCUGCGGGUGCUCCGUGUCCUGAGACCCCUGAAAACUAUCAAGCGGCUCCCCAAACUCAAGGCUGUCUUUGACUGUGUAGUGACCUCCCUGAAGAAUGUCUUCAACAUACUCAUCGUCUAUAAGCUCUUCAUGUUCAUCUUUGCUGUCAUCGCUGUCCAGCUAUUUAAAGGGAAGUUCUUUUAUUGCACGGACAGCUCCAAGGACACGGAAAAGGAAUGCAUAGGCAACUACGUAGACCACGAGAAAAAUAAGAUGGAGGUGAAGGGUCGGGAAUGGAAGCGUCACGAAUUUCAUUACGACAACAUCAUCUGGGCCUUGCUGACCCUCUUCACCGUCUCCACGGGCGAGGGCUGGCCACAGGUGCUUCAGCAUUCCGUGGAUGUGACUGAAGAGGAUCGGGGCCCAAGCCGUAGCAACCGCAUGGAGAUGUCCAUCUUCUACGUGGUCUACUUUGUGGUCUUCCCCUUCUUCUUUGUCAACAUCUUCGUGGCUCUGAUCAUCAUCACCUUCCAAGAGCAAGGGGACAAGAUGAUGGAAGAGUGCAGUCUGGAGAAAAAUGAGCGGGCCUGCAUCGACUUUGCCAUCAGCGCCAAACCGCUUACCCGCUACAUGCCGCAGAACCGCCAUACCUUCCAGUACCGCGUCUGGCACUUCGUGGUAUCCCCAUCCUUUGAAUACACCAUUAUGGCCAUGAUUGCCCUGAACACAGUGGUCCUGAUGAUGAAGUAUUAUUCAGCCCCUUGCACGUAUGAGUUGGCCCUGAAGUAUCUCAACAUCGCCUUCACUAUGGUGUUCUCCCUGGAAUGUGUCCUAAAGAUCAUCGCCUUUGGAUUCUUGAACUAUUUCCGGGACACGUGGAACAUCUUUGACUUCAUCACGGUGAUUGGCAGCAUCACAGAGAUCAUCCUGACUGACAGCAAGCUGGUGAACACCAGCAGCUUCAACAUGAGCUUUCUGAAGCUGUUCCGAGCCGCUCGCCUCAUCAAACUCCUCCGUCAGGGCUACACCAUCCGCAUUUUGCUGUGGACCUUCGUGCAGUCCUUCAAGGCCCUCCCUUAUGUCUGCCUCCUGAUCGCUAUGCUGUUCUUCAUUUACGCCAUCAUUGGGAUGCAGGUUUUUGGGAACAUCAAAUUAGAUGAAGAAAGUCACAUCAAUCGCCACAACAACUUCCGCAGUUUUUUUGGGUCUCUCAUGCUGCUCUUCAGGAGUGCCACGGGUGAGGCGUGGCAGGAGAUUAUGCUCUCCUGCUUGGGAGAGAAAGGCUGUGAACCGGACACUACCGCCUCCUCGGGGCAAAACGAGAAUGAGCGCUGUGGCACUGACCUGGCCUACGUGUACUUCGUUUCCUUCAUCUUCUUCUGCUCCUUCCUGAUGCUCAACCUAUUUGUGGCUGUGAUCAUGGACAACUUUGAGUACCUGACUCGGGACUCCUCCAUCCUGGGGCCACACCACCUGGACGAGUUUGUCCGAAUCUGGGCAGAGUACGACCGGGCUGCAUGUGGCCGCAUCCAUUACACUGAGAUGUAUGAAAUGCUGACUCUCAUGUCACCACCGCUAGGCCUCGGCAAGAGAUGUCCCUCCAAAGUGGCGUAUAAGAGGCUGGUUCUGAUGAACAUGCCGGUGGCAGAGGAUAUGACUGUCCACUUCACCUCCACACUAAUGGCCCUGAUUCGGACGGCGCUGGACAUCAAAAUUGCAAAAGGUGGUGCGGACAGGCAGCAGCUCGAUUCAGAGCUGCAAAAGGAGACUCUAGCCAUUUGGCCUCACCUGUCCCAGAAGAUGCUGGACCUGCUGGUUCCAAUGCCAAAAGCCUCAGACCUAACUGUUGGCAAAAUAUAUGCAGCCAUGAUGAUCAUGGACUACUACAAGCAGAGCAAAGUGAAGAAGCAGAGACAGCAGUUGGAGGAGCAGAAAAAUGCCCCCAUGUUCCAGCGCAUGGAGCCCUCAUCUCUGCCUCAGGAGAUUAUUACUAAUGCCAAAGCCCUGCCUUACCUCCAACAAGACACCCUUUCGGGCCUGAGUGGCCGGAGUGGGUAUCCAUCCCUGAGUCCACUCUCCCCGCAGGAAAUAUUCCAGUUGGCGUGCAUGGACCCAAACCAUGGCCAGUUCCAGGAGCAGCAAUCUCUGGAGCCAGAGGUUAGUGAGUUUAAAAGCGUGCAGUCCUCUAACCAUGGCAGCUACCUCCCUGCGGACACCCAGGAGCGGGCAGCCUCGGGGAGGGCAUCUUCGAUGCCGCGCCUGACCGUGGAGCCCCAGGUGGUGACAGACCCGAGCUCCAUGAGACGGUCCUUCUCCACCAUCCGGGACAAGCGCACCAACAGCUCCUGGUUGGAGGAGUUUUCCAUGGAGCGGAGCAGUGAAAACACAUACAAGUCUCGCCGGCGUAGCUACCACUCAUCGCUGCGCCUGUCGUCUCACCGCCUCAACUCCGACUCCGGCCACAAAUCGGACCCCCACCGCUCGGGUGGCCGCGAGAGAGGGCGAUCCAAAGAGCGCAAGCACCUUCUCUCUCCCGAUGUCUCCCGCUGCAAUUCGGAGGAGCGAGGCCCCCAGGCCGACGGCGAUUCCCCGGAGCGGCGCCAGUCCCGCUCACCCAGCGAGGGUAGAGCCCAGACACCCAACAGGCAGGGCACGGGCUCCCUGAGUGAAAGCUCCAUCCCUUCCAUCUCUGACACCAGCACCCCGAAACGAAGCCGACGGCAGCUCCCGCCGGUCCCACCCAAGCCCCGGCCCCUCCUCUCCUACGCCUCCCUGCUCCGACACGCCAGCAGCAUCUCCCCCCCACCCCCCGACGGGAGCGAAGGUGGCUCCCCGUUGCCCCCGCAAGCUCCGGAGAGCAACGACGCCUGCCUGACCGUGUCUUCCAGCUCCCCCCGAGGGAACCGGAGCCGCCCUUCCACCCCGCAGCGCUACAUCUCGGAGCCCUACCUGGCCCUGCACGAAGACUCCCACGCCUCAGACUGUGGCGAGGAGGAGACGCUCACCUUCGAGGCGGCCGUGGCCACCAGCCUGGGCCGCUCCAACACCAUUGGCUCGGCCCCUCCCCUGAGGCACAGCUGGCAGAUGCCCAAUGGGCACUACCGGCGGAGGCGGCGGGGGGGCGCGGGGCCGGGGAUGGUGUGCGCAGCUGGAGGCGAUCUCCUGAGUGACACGGAAGAGGACGAUAAAUGCUAGAGGCCGCUGCCCCCACUCCUCCGAUGCAUGCGCUUCUCCAGCGUGGGGAGAAACGGGACAUACAUGAGAAGAUACUGAAGCCUGAGGAGAGAAAGCAAAGGAGGAAGAAAGGACACCAUCCAGAACCAGAAGAGGAGGAGGAGGAGAAAAAUAAAAUCCGCCGAGUCCACCAAGCUCCCAAUUUCUCAUGGCCCAGAUGACCCCGGCUGAAGUGGUGUAAGCCCGGCUCCCUCGGGGGUAGAGGGCCAGGGCGGAAAGGAGGACAACUGCUCCUGUGAUGGAGAAGGAAAUGGCCUCCCUCUUUCCUGGGCCUUGCCCACUGAACUCUGAGCAACAGCAGGAAGCAGUUGGGCUACUGUUUUCAUCCCUUUGCCGGGACCUGGGGAAGGCAUCCAGGUGGGAAGGUGAAGGCCAACGCCGAUGGCAGUAAGCUUCGUGGCGGGUGCUGCCCUGGCUCACGUAAUUCAGGGGGAUUGGAGGAUGGUGGGGGAGGGUUGGGUGAAUGGCGGAGGCGGGAAGGAUAAGGUGGGGGGCCCGAGGGUGGGGCAAGUCAAAGCCAGGGAAGGGUUUGGCGCCAGGAUACAACCAGAGCUUGCGGUGGUAGUUGUGGUGGUUUGGGGGCAGGGAGGAAAUACCUGUUUGAGUUUUGGUUCUCUCCAAUGUCUUGGACCACAGAAAGCUUCAGAGAAAAGUCUCUGGCCAUUGGAGAGCAGAAGGGAGCAAGAGGCAGGGUCGCCAGGCAAGGCCCACCAUCCUGCAGCCCUUUUAAAUUGAGACCUGCAAGUGGAGGGCUCCUCCAUCCUCCCAGAAGCCUCCUUAGCCGUGGACUGGGGUAGCGUUCAAUCCUCUUCUCUUUGGGACCACAAGCUGGAGAAGAGUUUGCCAAGAGGGUCUGGGGGGGAGGGGGGAACGUGUUUGGGGGAGUAGAAUGUCAAGGAUUUUCUCUCUGAGGUGUUUCGGGCUCACUGGAACAACAGACUGAUGGUUCCUUAUUCCUUUCCCUGGGGACUUUGGAGUCACUCCUCGUUGAGGUGUCUCUUCCUGCCCCGCCCCCCAAUCACGUUUAAGCUGUAUAAAUGCUUUACCGAAAAAAGAAGUGACUUUAAACCAGAGCAACUUGACUCAGCAGAAGGGAGGUCAGUCCCCUGGGCUGGCUGGAGAAGUGCUCAGCAAUUGGUUUGUUUGGCGAACAGGUCGGAUCUGGAGUCUGGGUUGUGUGGUUGCACUUGGUAAUUUCUCUCCUGGGGCUCAUGAUCCCAGAUCUUCGGGAAAAGGUUUGGAAGCAGUUAGGGGUGGGAAGGGGUGUCCUGGAUCGUUCUUCUCUGCCUGGCCUUUGUUUCCCUCUCCUCUGAAUUUUGGCACAGAAAAGGGUAGGAUUCUCUCCUCCCUCAGAUGUGCCUCUAGUUGCCUCCUGCAAAGGUUUUGUACUCACCCCCCUGCCCAGUUCUACCCUCCUUGACUGCCUGAUCUACACAGGUGUGGUAGCUGACACCUUAGGCAUUAAAAAACCUGUCCUGUCCAUCUUUCUCAUGCUGCCUUGGGACUCGAAGUCUCAGAAAUGGUGCCCAGCUUCUAGAAAGAGAAAAAUCCACCAAGGACCCUUCCUCUAUUUUAGCCACCAAUGCUCUAAGCCAAGACCUGCGAGAUGCAGUUCAAAAGGAGACAGUGUGGGGAGCCGUGGGAAACAGUGCCCAUGGUCAGAUUGGGCAAAUCUUUGGGAAAAUAGCAUCCUCCACCUGGGACUCUGCCUUACCCUAUGAGCAGCACUUUUAUGGGAAAGGGCAAAGGGGGAGGAGUGAAGAUUCCCCAACUCCCAUCUGUGGGCAGGCCUUCAGCUCCUUGGGCUCCCCGCUUGGAGUCUAAGCAGCAGGAGGAAAGCCGAGCAGUGGAAUAGGCACCAACCUCGUUUUGCCCAUCCCUAUCCCUGUCCUGCCACUGUGCUGCAGCAGAAUGCAUCCUGCUUUCAGCUCUGGCCAGGUGACAGAAGAUUUUCUUGGAGAGAUUUUUUUUUUUUCCUUUUUUACUCCUAAGAAUUUUGUAAUUGCUUAAGUGGGUGGCAGAAUUAACAUCCCCACAAGGUACAGCGGCCCAGCCAGGGACACAUCUUGGCACUGAGCCUUUUCUUACCAUCUCUAGAGAGUAUAUACUGAGCUCCACUCAGCAUACGGUACAGAGCGGUCCUCCAAAUCCCAAUCCAGCCACAGUGUGAGCCUUUCCCAGGGCUAGGCAGGAGGAAGAAGUGCCAGACAAGUGCAUUUUAGCAGUCAUCUUUUAGCUACAGUUCUUCCAAACCCCUCCAUCUUACUCCCACCACCCAGCUCUGGCUCCACUAUCAACCCCCCCAUACUUAAAACUGGCAGGAAUGAUUAUGCAUAAGGGCAUUUAUUCUGGCUGUGGCAUCCUUCUGAAGGUUAUUGCUGCACAGCAUUAUUUCCCUGCCAAAGAGUUUUUAUGGGUCACUCUGAGGCCCAGGAUUUGUUUUUCCACUUGUGAAAUGCAGCUGUCUCUGGGGAGGGAACAACUGGGUGGCUAUUCUGUGCCAGUCCAACUGCUGAGCAAGGUUUUGAAAGGGGGAGUUGAAAGGAUACACUUAUUAUGUAAAUUGCUUGGGGAUUUGGGACUAGCAAGCAGGGCCAUUUCGAGAACUGGAAUUUGGCUACAAGGAGUAAGACUCCUGGGCUAGGAGGUGUUCUAGGAAGUGUUCCUGGCCUUCUUUAAUUUAUUGAGCUCAGCAAGCAAACCCAGACUGUAGUCCCUGAGGUGGAGUUCACUGACUGGCCAGCUGUCAAACUCUCCUCCUCUUCCUACCACCCAACUUUCUUUUCUUGGCUAUGGAGGGAUCAGACACCUUUGUUUGCUCUUCUGCUCCUUCUCCUGGUCUCCCCCUUUGCUCCUCCUCCUCCUCCUCCCACAUAAAUUGGCAUGAUUCAGACUGUAAAUUUUACCUCUACAAGUGAUGUAUCACGAUAAUGUCCUGCCCCAAAUCCUCCCUUUGAAAAGGGGUCCCUUCUAAUCCCCAAAUGGAAUAGUUGCCUAGCAAAAAGGUAAUUAAUGUCCUAAGAAGGAGCCCGGGGCUCAAGAAGACUCUGGUGGUGAUGGAAAAGAAACCCUUCACUUCCUUCUAGUGUUGCCUCAGAACUAAAACAAAACCAAGCCAGGAAGGACAGUGCCCGCAGAGGAGAACAUAUUUUCCUCAAGUAACUUUGGUCCUGCCCUGAAUUAAGACCCAAGAGAACCCAACUGAGGUGAAAUCCUAUCAGACAACCCAAUCCUGCUUAACCUGAGACCCAGAGAGUAAAGAACCAAGAAGGAGCCCAGGAUUGAGAGAGCAAAACUGGAGGCCCCUGUCUAGAGAGAGGGAAUUGGUACAGGUCUUGCCAUGUAAGCCCUAAUUCCAAUCUAAGUAUUUUUGUUACUAGACAAAAAGAGAAUCCAUGCCAGCAUUUACAGAUUUUUCCAGCAGCCCAGGCCCAGGCCACUCCAUGGGCCUGGGUCAAAGAUGUACCCUUAGUAGCCACUGGUAACCUCUGGCCUAGCCCUCCCUCAGUCAGCUCACUGCAGCUGUUUCUCUGCCCCGACUAUGUAAAAAUGUUUGUCUCCUGCACCCCCUGGCCUGUUUCCCAGUUCCUGUUUCAUGGCUGAUCAUCAAUGCAGUCUUGAGGUGGUCCUGGCCACCAGACUAACCAUAGAUGCAGACUCUGCUGCCUUGGAACGCGUCCAAACGUAUCAUUUUAAGUGAAAUCCAAUGGUCGUCAGGCAUGGAAUAUUGAAAAAGUCUGGCUCGCAACCCUAAGGUCCCCUAAAAUCAUCUGAACCACGCGCCGGGUAGGGUGGAGUGAACUAGGGUGUGGGAGUACAGAGAAAGAACAGUGUGAGAGAAUGCAUCGGCAUAUCACCAGAUCAGGCCUCUGGUCUAAACAGAUCGAAGCUUUUUUAAAAACCAUAAUCUUUUUCAAAUCUCACUUGUGCUUUACAAAACCUCUUUCUACGGUCAACCCUGCCCGUGUUUGUCUUGGAGAGGAUACUGCGCUGGUGGUUGGAGCAAGGGACUAGGGAAGCAGGACAAUUGGGUUCAACCUCCAGCUCAGCCAACCGCUUCACUGUGUGCGGACCUUGUGCAAGCCAUUCCACCUCUCCGAUAGAACAAAAACAAAGACAAAAACACUACUAACCUACCUCACAGGGGUAUUGUGAGGCUUAAACCAGAAGUGGGAAAGAGGACUGUUGCUCCUGCUCUUCUCAGUGCCAUGUGAGUUUAACCAUUUUGAGAUACUUAUAAAUCAGGUGCUAAUGAAAGGCAAAGGGCCAGGGCAAGGAGUGACUCCCUCCCCUGCAUCCCCCCACUAGAGUGCCCAAAGUCUAGAAUUGCCCAGCUAGCUCACAAGAGCCCUGAAGCAGAUAAUAAGGGUGGUAUUUGUUAAAUGCUUACUAUGUGCAAAGCACUGUUCUAAGCACUGAUAGGGAUUAGAGUCUUUCCAGUUACGGAGAGCAAGAAGACCAGAAAGUAGAUCCAAUAUCUAGGCCCAGCAGCUUUAUCACAGAGACCUUGUCAAAAGAGGGAGCUAGCAAGACCUUUCUUUUAGCAAAAAUCAAAUGACUAAACCUCAGGGGUGUCCCCCUCUCUGCUCCCCUAACCCCCGCCCCCAACCUACCCUGUGCUUACUUGGUGCAUUGGAAGCGAAUGUCUAAGAACCACCUGCAACACGUGGAGCGUCUCCCGGGUGAAGAAAGCCUUAGCAUAGCUUCUUAACUACCUGGAGUCCAAAGGUCCCUUUCAAACCUAGGCCGUCCGGCAGGAACCGUUUUCUCUGCCAGCUGAGUUAAAGCGGUUGAGCGGGCACAGGCAACAGAGACCGGUCUAGGAUCACACCAUGGGUGUGGUGCUUUAGAACCAGGGCCCUCUUGGGGGGAUGCCUGGAAUGGGCUCCUUUUGCCCCUGUACCACAUCUCCCCUCAUCUAUCUUCCCCAUCUCUUAGCUGCUUUGAGCUGACAGAGGGUCUGGCCUCCACUUAAUGUGCAGUGCAGGCCCAGAUACCAUUUCAGUGCAUCAUCCUUUCUUAGCUUAGUGUGCUCUAGCUAAAUCCCUGCUAAAUGAACACUGAAUGUCAUUAGCAUAGACAGGUGUACUGGGGGAACUGCUUCAGAAAAUUAAUUUGCCUGUUGUUGAGAAAGCAGAAGUCAACUACUUUUGACUCUAAUUUCACAAGGGGAUUCCUCUCUCCGAUAUAAGAUGCUGAGGGGAUUGAGGGUGUGGUAAACAUCUGACAGGAAACAUGCUUUCCCCACCUCCCUGCCCUACCAUAUUAUAAAUACAAUGGUUUGUACAGUGGCAUCAAGAUGCAAAAUGAUUGAGACAAUAAGCCAUGCUUUGCGUAAAUACAUUUUGGGGUUUGGCAUUUUUUCUUGUUUGAGUUGAGGGUGGGGCAGGGGGAAGCUGAACAAAAGAGGAGAUCCUUGUUUCUUAGAUGUCUCCCGUUAAGACUGGUCUGCUGGGGGAGGCACUGAGGACUUGGGAGCACUCAGAAAAGUUUUUUAACCAACUUUGAUUUAGGAAGCUCACAUCAGGUUUAUCGAUACUAGGAACCCUGGCCUCAUUCAGUACAGUCUCUCUCUUUCUCCUCCCUCCCCCUACUGGAUUUCAAACCUAAUAAAGGUAGAUUCACAGAGUCCAGUAAAGAAAAACCAAAAAAACUUCAGAGAAAGAGCUCUCAGAAUAAAGGUCAAGUGAAAAUAGAAGGGGAUUUCCGACCAAUAAAAAUUUGGCCUCUGCCCCAAGAGACGAUUUUGUAUAUUUAAAAAAUAAAUUUAAAUGGGGAGACCUGGUAAAGAUCAAAAUCCAGGAGUUGAGACCACUGAAUUGAAUGCCAGGCUCUACCACUAACUUGUGCCUUCAGCAAAUUCACAUCGUCGUCCUUCAGUUUCCGAGUGAGUAAAGUAUAGAAUAAAGCUUGGUUACGUCACAGGCUGCGGCAAAUGUUUGUAAAUAACACUGAUGAGGGUCAGUUUUAACAUCUAGAUGCCACAGUGUUACUCAGAAUAAUGUACAUUACUGACCAGAGUAGUUUUUCAAUAGUAUUUAUUGAGCGCUUACUAUGUGCAGAGCACUGUACUAAGCGCUUGGGAUGAACAAGUCGGCAACAGAGUUUUGUUUUCCUCAUUUCAUAAAUGAGGAAAGUCAUUUCACAUUUGCUGACAGAAGCCACCAAGAUUCUCUCACUCAUUCUCUCACACACUCUCUCCCCCUCUCCCCUGUCCCAGUCUUUUCCCCAGUGGCAGCCUCUCCCCAUUCUGCCACCAAAGCGCAGGCUCUCACCCCUUUAGGCAUCUAACCAGUUUCACCAGGGAAAGCAGUUGGGCAGGAGUGCUGAGAUAGGCCUGGAGGGUCAUGCAUGGUGCUUUUGAGUCUCUCACCAGAACCUGAGGCAGAACCAAGAGCAGGUAGUUCUCCAUGUGCUUGUCAGAAUGGGGCCUACUGAAUCAAACCUCACAUUAAGAAUUGAGAUUGAUCUGCUGUGGCUGACCUGAGAAGUCAAGAUUGAGGUUGUAUUUAUCUAUCUAAACUCGAUCUGGAAGCUUAAUUGAAUGCUGAAGUCUCCAAAUUUGAGAGCCCAAGUCCAGAAUUGGCACUAAAGUUGCCCUAACUAAAAGCCAAGAUUAUGGCUUUUAAAAAGGCUAAAAAUGGAAUUACAUAGGGAAGGCUGGAUCCUCUUUUCUUGGGCCUAGCAGCAUUUGACGUAUGCUGGAACCUUCCCCUCGGCCCACCAUCGAAUCAAGACAAGUCUGCAGAGAGACAGCUAGCUCAAGUGACUUGAGUGGAAAAAGGAGGGGAGAUUUCCAAAACUGAACAUGCCCUAAAUACAUUUUUUCAAGGUCAGAGGCUAUGAGGGCUAAUCUUACUGCCAGUCAAAACUUCUAGAAGUUCUCUUCUUUGUUACAUUUGAAAAGAAGUCAUAGCAUGUUAAGAAAAUACCAUUGGAUUUAUCAAAAGCAUAUUUGGUCUUGAUUUUGAGGAAUUGGGAGCACAGAGCCAAAGUAGAUACAUUUUUCCAUAUACUGGGGUUUGGAGAGCAUACCUAAAAUAGUACUGAGUACACUUUUUAGAGAACACCCACUCUAUUCAUGCUGCAGAAUCCGAUAUUUGAAAAAAAAAAUCAUGAUCAAUAGCACUGCUGCAGAGUAUUGUAUCUGUGCCGGAUACACAAUAAUAGAAAGUAAAAGGCGCGGUCCCUCCCUGCCCAUGAGGAUUUUAUAGUCUGAUGGGAGGAGCCCAGCAGAUGCCAAUCUCCAAAAGUAGAAUAGGUAGAAGAGAUGUUUUAUAAAUAGUUGGGGAGAAGAGGGGUGGGUGGAAGUCCUCUCCUGGAGUGUAUGGAAAUGAAUGGCUCAGUAAUUUAAAAAAUUCAAGAAAAUAUACUGGAAAGUGAGGAAGCUUGCAGGGGUGCCAAGGCUUGUACCUACUUGGUUUAGAGUUUGAACUAUGUUAAGCUAAGAUGGGUAUUAGAGCUUCCAAAGGGCAAUGGAAGAGCUCUCUCUUCUUUUAACCUCUCAGAGCAGUGAUAGAUUAUGCCCACAGGCCAUUUUGGAAGAGGUAGCGGGGAAGGAGGCACUCAUCUGAAAAUUCCCAGGAGACAAUCUUUAACACAUCAGCAAUGCUUUAACAGAACAAGCGAGAUUACACAGUGCACUGACCUACAAGAUACAGGCCGAGGAAUGGAAAAAGAUGGAUUUGGGAUGGGGGGGAGGGGGGUGCACUUUACCAGGGUCAAGUUCUUAUGCUGGAAAACAAAUCAGGCCCUAGCCUGCUAUUUAUCCAACAGGAGGUGGGGUAUGGGUACAUGAGCGCUUAGACCACAGUAAGUGCUCAAUAAAUACAAUUGAAUGAAUGAGCUAAAGAUUCAUACAUAUCCUGUUCCUCCAGUGCGCUGCUUAUGAGAAGGAAAUGGCCUGCUGCCUGGCCAGCUCAAGAGCACCUUUCCUUUAGGACCCUGUUCAUUGAAACGGUCACCUCGAUUCACUCAUAGCAGGAGCGACGGAAUGAAAGAGAAACUCAAAUACACUGCCUCGGUCCGCUGACCAACUGUCCUUUUGAAAAUUACAUGCAGUCCAAGUCCCACCUGACAUUUUCUUAACUGGCAGCAUCCGACGGGUCCCACUAAUACGACCUCUUCCAGGAAAGGCAUCGUAUUGGUUGCCCAAUCGGAUCCCUCUGAGAGUAUUGGUGCCUCUCUUCUAAAGCUGAAGUUCAGCUCUGCAUGUGGACGAGGUGAAUAAUAUUGUAACAUAAAUGCUCGUUUGGAUCCAAAAAGAAAACCAUAAAAAAAGAUGUACAACUUUAAAUGUUUUUUUGUCAAAGAAUAAAUAAAAUCUUGUUGUAAAGAACGAACUGA